AGCUUUCAGUUGCAAAAAAAAGUCCGCGUUGCGCGCGGUUGCACCCCGUUCGGGUGGAUGGAAAACUAAACUUUUGACUCGCGUUUGUUGUUACAAAAAAAAAAGUAUAGGAGGAAAACAAAAAAAAAAAAAAAACAUACAAAACAAAAAUAAGUAAUUUGUUCGAAACACGCGAAAUAUAUAAACACAAAAAUUGUGUUAAUCAAUGCAUAGCGAAAAUUGAAAUGAACCAAAAACAAAUUGUGUUAAUAUGAAGAUGAGUUUGUGAAAAAACAAAAGCAAAGCAGAGAAAAAAACAGACAAGCAACUUUUAUCAACCGCAUCGACAGCCGGAUAGCUAGUUACCUCUAUUACCUGUUCCCCCUUUCCACAGCAACGUGAGGCGAGAGCAAAGAAUCAAUCGUGCAGCGGCGCCUGACUGCAGCCAGCGUCGGUGUGGCGCUGGCAACAAAUUGCGAUGCCUGGACUUGUGGUCUUCAGACGUCGCUGGUCUGUGGGCUCCGAUGAUCUUGUGGUUCCAGGGGCAUUCCUCUUGACGAUACAUUUUGUAUGUUUUGUGCUUGUUAGCGUCUCGUUGAUUGUAUUUGAAUAUAAUACACGAAUAUUAAGUAUAAAAUUAUUAUUCUAUCAUCUUAUAGGCUAUUGGUUAAUACUAUUUUUUUCAAUAUGCGUAGAAAUAGGAAUUUGUGUGAUUUCGAUGCGCGGCAGCAUAUUGGAUGCCGAAGCUCGCACAUCGAUCAAUAUAUGGAUAUACCUUAAGAGUUUGGUGAUAUUAUUUGAUAUUGGUUGGUUAGUGGCUGGUUCGGUAUGGUUAUCCCAUUACUAUAUCGAUGCCCCCAUCGAUGAGGCCAAAAAAGUAUAUAUAGCCAUCAUCAUAUGCAAUUGGGCUCUGGUUCUAAUAACAUUGAUAACCAUAUGGUGCACCUUCGAUGCCGCCGGUCGCUCCUGGGUGAAAAUGAAGAAAUAUCAGCGUUCCAUGCGUGAGACUGAAUCGCGUUUCAAUUAUAAACGCAGCAAUAGCAUGAAUCGCAAUUGGCGGCAAAGAAAAGUAAUGCGCGCCUAUCAAGACAGCUGGGAUCAUCGCUGUCGGUUGCUAUUCUGUUGCAUGGGCUCAUCGGAACGUAAUCGUAACUCAUUUACGGAUAUAGCACGUCUAUUGAGCGAUUUCUUUCGUGAAUUGGAUGUGGUGCCAUCGGAUGUGGUGGCUGGUCUUGUCCUAUUGCGUAAAUUUCAACGAUUGGAACGGGAGGCGAUUGUGCGGCAACGCAAGAAUGGGACAUAUGAGUUCCUUAGCGGUGUACCCAUAACAGAGCGUACACAGUUCCUAGCACUGAAUGAUGCCAAAAACUAUGAUUUCUUUCAAACAGUCAUCCAUUAUAUGUAUUUUGCCCAGGGCGCCUACGGCUGGCCCAUGUAUGUGAUAAUCAAUCGCAGCAAAAUGUGGCAUUUGGUGCCCGAAUUGAAAUGUUUUGGCUGCUGUUGUGGCAGCGGUGAUGAUACGGAAGUGAUUCAAGAUAAUUGCUGCUAUUGCAAUUAUGCGGCAUUAAAGAAAACUCUCCAGCUGGGCGACAUUGAUAUCGUCUAUGCCACAUAUCAUGUGGAUGUUGGUGAGACGCCGUUCUUUGUGGCCAUUGAUUAUACACAAAAGGCCAUUGUGAUUAGUAUACGUGGCACACUGAGCAUGAAGGACAUACUAACCGAUCUGAAUGCUGAGGGUGAAGUGUUGCCAUUGCAGCCGCCACGCGAUGAUUGGCUUGGCCAUAAGGGUAUGGUGCAAGCAGCCAUCUAUAUACGCAAUAAAUUGCAAGAGGAGAAUCUCAUUGAGCGAGCAUUGCAACGGAAUGUGGAGAGGCAAACGCAAACGUUUGAUUUGGUCCUAGUGGGUCAUUCUCUAGGCGCUGGCACAGCGGCCAUUUUGGCCAUACUUCUUAAGCCGGAGCAUCCAACGUUACAAUGUUUUAGUUAUUCACCACCAGGAGGACUAUUAAGCAUGCCAGCGGUAGAGUAUUCCAAAUCGUUUAUUACAUCUGUGGUCCUUGGCAAGGAUGUGGUGCCACGCAUUGGCUUGAAUCAAAUGGAGGCAUUGCGUGCCGAUCUUAUCAAUGCCAUACAGCGUAGUGUCGAUCCCAAAUGGAAAACAAUUUCCUGUUCGGUCAUCUGCUGUGGCUGUGGUCCAGAGCCCACCUCAGUGGUCAAUAUGUCCGGUCAGGAUACCCACAUUAAUCAGUAUCAAGAGGAGCGCGGCACAGCCCGUUCGACUAGUGCCCAUCCCACGGAUAGCUCAAUAGCUUUAACAUUGCAUCAGCCCUUAUAUCCGCCCGGACGCAUUAUACAUAUAGUGCGUCAUCAUCCCAAGCCAGAUGAGCAAAAAUACGACAGUGGUUGGAGAAAUGUUCUCAAAAAUCGUGAACCGGUCUAUCAGGCAAUAUGGGCCGAUUCCACCGAUUUCGAUGAAGUACUCAUAUCGCCUGUGAUGCUACAGGAUCAUAUGCCCGAUAAGGUUCUUGCUGCACUCAAGAAGGUCGUGUCUUGUAGAGAUCGAACGGUAAAGGCAUGUACAGCAACUACUAAUCGUAAAUGUAAUGAUUACAACACAAUAGCUACUACUACUACUACUACAACAACAACAACUCUAACAACAACACAAAAUACAGAUACCAGUGGUCCACGUAAGCCCCAAAGGCAAACCUCCAAUGCCUUCUCAACCACAUCCAAUGAACCACAGGAGCCAGAACGUUCAAGAGGCGGCAGUUUUUUAGUGCCAGAUGAACGUGCUCAUCAAUCCUUGCAGCAGCAACAAAGUUCCUAUACGAAUCUAAGCAAUUGCAUCCUGUUGACGCCGACAGCACAGCAUAAGGUCUGUCUGGAGACAUCCUUUACGAAUGGUUCGACAACCACCGAACAACAUAGAAUGUGCAUUAACCAGGGCAGUGGCGGUGCCGGUGGCGGUGGCGGUAGUAAAACCUCCUCAUUGGCUGGAGGACGCAGUCAAGCACCGACACCAUAUGACAUAUCAAGUGCUCUGGACGAUAGCAUCACUACCACUGUUACAGUCGCCAUGCGUCAGAGUCCAUCCAUAAUGAGUGAAACGGAAACGGCAGCCACCAUGAUAUACCAGCAGAAUCAGUAUGAUCAGCAGCUGGAAGAGGAGGAGCUAACUAAUGAAGAGAGCAUGGUGGAGAAGGUGAUAGUACCUCGCUUUAAGGCGGUGGCCUUUGACAUGGCAUUAACUCCACCACCGCCGCCUGAUCUGAUGUUGCCUCUCUUCCGACAGCAUUCGGAGCGUAAGCCACGUUCUUUGCCUCUCACCCAGAUGCAGGUGGCAUUGCGUAGAGCAUCGGAUGCAGCUGGUGUGGAUUUGGUGCAUGAUGAUUGGUAUGGCCUGGCGCCAUUGGCAAGCCCCGAGACUUUAUCCGAAAUCUCUAGUGUUUCCUCGCGCACAAGUGUCCCCAUCAGUCUGGCCAAUAGCAUUGAAAGAUUUCUACAAAAUAUGGGCGGUGCCGGCGGAGCAGCAGGUGCCCCCAAAGUGCCAUUAGAGGAUAUUUUCGAAUCGCAACUGCACACACCCAAGGUGAUGAGACGUGCACCGAAAUUUAGUGAAAAUCUUGCCAGCUGCGCCGAUGAUAGCCGCAAUCUGGAUCAGUAUAAGCGUCUGGGACGAGUCUUUGUGACAUUUCCACGCAUUUUUCCCGAUCAUCAGCAGCAGCAACAUCAUCAGCGUCUGCAUCAGCAUCACAAUAGUAGUCUCGACUCGAGUGAUGAUAGCUUUGAGUCCGCAUCCGCCCAUAGCCUGCAAAGGCUACAGCUUCCUGGUGGCGUUGGUGGUGCUGCCGCCGGCAUAAGCUCCAAGUCAGCCGAUCAGCUUGAUGAUCAGCAUCAAAAUUUAGCUCCACUACCGGCCAAAAAGUUAACCUUCAGUGAUAGUGACAUCUUGGCUGAUGAUCCCAGUCAAUUGUGUACGACGUCAGCUGCCUCCAUGGCUCCUGCUGCCGCCACUGCCUUGGGCUCCACUGAUACCAGUUUCUAUAGCGCAAAUUCAUCGCUAGAAAAAUUUGCCACACCCAGACAACAGCCAGCACCUCUAAAUCUGAAUGGUGGCCAUCGUUUGGAUGAAAUUCUCAUGCGUCCGGGCGUUCUUGAAUCACAUUUUCCUCUAAUAAGUGGAGCCGGAGGAGUUGGAGUUGGAGUCGGUGUUGUCAGCAAUGGGAGCAUGGAGACACCACCACCAGCCAUAAUAGCUCCAGCUUCGCCAUCGCCGCUUAAUGGCAGUGGCAAGCGACCCGAUGUGGUUGGUGGCCGAGUCCGUAAGCGUCUAUCAUCCGAAGAGUUUGUCUUUCCGCGAGGAUCGGGCAGUGAGGAUCUUGCCAUGCCCAUGUCCAUAUUAGUACAAAUCGGUGAACUAGAACAAAAUAAUCAUAAUUCAUCGCCAUCGCCAUCGGUUGGACGCAGACGCAAAGGUUGCUGUGUCUAUCCGGCUGGAAAUAGUAUACGUCUAGAUGCCGCUGCUGCCGCCGCCGCAGCAGGAGCCACUUCAUCAUCAUCAGCAGGAUCUGUUUGCUCUCCCUUGUCCAUUAGUAAAUUCACCCGCACACGAGUGGCAGCCGGCAAUGGCAGUGGCACAGGCAGCGGAAAUGCUGGCAAAACUUCCGCAUCCGCCAAUAAUAACGAAAGUAAUGUUUGAAUAAUUCUAAAUGUAGUUGAAUGCAGUACCUAAAGAAAAACAAACACAUAGACACACACACAU